AUGAAGAUAGAUAAAUUGCGAUCAGUGAGAGUGGGUCAACGAAGAUGUGUAGAAAUUCAGCUUGAACGAAUUGAACGGGGGAGAGAGAAUUCAUCGAUGAUAGAAUUUAACGCAAUUCUAGAAUCCAUUGUCAGAAAAGCAGAGACGAUCAAAUCUUUAAACGAAAAGAUUUUAGAACUAACGGAAGUAAUCGACAUCGAGGAGGAGUUAGUAAACAGUGAAGAAUAUGGAUUAACGUUGGAGAUAAAGGUGAGAGAACUUCGAGCUUAUAGCGAAAAAAGGAAAAGCAACACUGAAGAACAACAGAAUGCUUAUAGCGAACCAACUAACCCGCAAAACCAGAACAAAGACGGAAGUGGUUCCCUGAUCGAAAAUAAUAACGUGAAUAAUGGUAACAGUUCUUUGAAAAAUGUGAGUACAUUUCAUUCAAACACGUCGCUUUAUCACAGACUGCCGAAAUUAUCACCGCCUGUCUUUAGUGGUGACAUUCUCGAAUGGCAAAGUUUUUGGGAUGCUUUUGAUUCCUCUGUUCAUCAAAACCCGAAUCUUACAGAAGUACAAAAAUUUAAUUAUUUGAAGACGCAACUAGAAGGCAGUGCGGCUCAAGUUAUUCAAGGAUUUGCACUUACGCAUGCAAAUUACAUUCAAGCAGUCGAUUUACUGAAGGAGAGGUUCGGACAGUCUCAUAAAAUCAUGCAUGCGUAUAUACAGGCAUUACUAAACCUGCCAGCCCCGAGCAAUACUCUAUACAGUAUGAGAAAUUAUAUCGACAAAUUAGAAGCUUAUAUCCGUGGAUUGGAGUCCCUAGGCCAAAAUCAAAAUACAUAUGGAACGCUUUUAGUACCAGUCAUUAUAGACAAACUUCCGGCAGAAAUUCGAAAGAGUUUAGCACGAGAAAAUGGCAGCGAUGAGUGGUUAUUAGAAACUUUACGAAAAGCGUUAUACCGUGAAUUGAAUAUCAUGGAGGCCGGACAGACUACAGAUGAUUUAGCUGGUUAUAGAACUACAGCGUCGUUUUUCACGGGCGCCAGACAGAAAACAGGAACCGGAAGUCACGUGACACAGAAUUCCGCACGCGAAAUGUUUGAUGACCAGGAACAGUGUAUAUUUUGCAACGAAUUUCACAUUACCAAAAACUGUACAAAAGUAACUGAUGUGAUUGCUAGAAAAGACAUAUUAAGAAAUAAGCAUUUAUGUUUUAAUUGCUUGAAUAUCAACCACCAAGUCAUUAACUGUCCAUCAACUUACAAGUGCUUCAAAUGUAGAAGAAAACAUCACACUAGUAUAUGUGAAAGUAGUCUAGAUUCGAAUCUAAAUAUCGGUGCUAGCGAGUCAACCCAGUCUUCACCCGAAUAUCAACCCACAAAUCAAGCACAGACUGCAACUUUACAAUCAAGCACCCCACAUGAAGCGUUCAUAGAUUACGACACGUAG